UGCAUCAAUGCCGAAAAGCGUCCGUACUUUCCGGAAUUAACCCUAUAUUAGAAUCUUUUUGAAAAGGAAACUUCUGAUAAGCAGUUAUUCAGGACAGUUUGUUGGAGGAAAAAUUAAGAUAAAUGAUACAUCAAAAAUGAAAGUAACAUACAGGAAAAAAUAAUGAACAAUAUAUGAAACAACACAUGUAAUAGACAAUUAUUCAUCUCUCUCCAGUUAGAGAGAAACUUGAUACCUCAAGUAGCAGUAUUGACAAUUUUGUUUCCUUAAGUGUUGUCGGCGUUUUUUUAAAAAAAAAAUUAUUUACUAUUUAAUAAUGGCAGCUGAUAUGCAAGGAGGGUAUUCAAGAGAAAUCUUUCGGAACGGGACACUUGAUCCAAAGUUUACUUGUAAUUUCUGCAGUAAGGUAUUGAGAGAACCUGUCCAGUCAUUCUGUGGCCAUAGAUUCUGCAAGUCAUGUAUUCAUUCAAAUAUCAGGUCAGGUGAGCAGAUUAAAUGCACACAAUGUGAAAAAGAAGAUAAUGAAGCUCCUAGUAUGAUUUCCCCAGAACAGAUAUUUCCUGACAAUGCAAUUCGGCGAGAGAUGCAGAGGCUUGCAGUUGUUUGUGACAGCAAGGAUUGCCCAUGGAAAGGCACUUUCAAACAAUAUGAGGAACAUUUCAAUGCAUGUGAUUAUAAAACACAAGCUUGCCCAUACUGUCAACAAGGUGUCCUUAGAAGUCACUUACAGACACAUCUGGAGAGAGAUUGUAGAAAGGUUGAAUUGCAAUGUGUUGAUUGUGGCAGGAAGGUGCUUAGAGAAAGGAUGACCUAUCAUCAACUGCAGGAAUGUCAGAAAGAGAAAAUACAAUGCCCUGUAGGAUGUGGAGAGAUUGAAAGAAGACACUAUCAAGACCACUUUAGGGAGAAGAAACAUGAAAUUUGGAUUGCCAAAGAGGUUUCUAAACUUGCUGCCACUCUUGAAGAAGUCAAGGGGUCAGAGCUUCAACUUCAGACAUCGGUUUCAGAAAGUACAGCAGCUUCUUUCCAAAUGAAUGAGAAGAUUACACUACUUGAGGGCCAGAUACAACAACUCCGUACCCAGACAAGCGUUGGUACUGGAAUUAGCCAACUCUCUGACUCUGGGGUUGGUACUGGAAGUAGUGGUGCAUCAAAUAUUGAUGCAAAGAUACGACAGCAGGUUGAGAUGAAUUUGCAGUCUGUAAAUGAAAGAUUAGAUGUUAAAACUGGCACCUUUGAGGGAAUAGCCAGUGCUUUACAUAGAGAGCUUGAGAAAACUAUUACAGCAGUAGAGAAGCUUGAAAGGCACAGAAGGGAAAUGGAAUCUAACCUUGAACAGAGUCAGAAUAAAAUCCGAUCUUUGGAAAGAUCAUUGGCACUAAAAGACAUGUCGAUGGCCGAGUUGGAACUGAAAGCACAGUCGAUGGAAGCUGCUAGCUAUGAUGGAACCUUCAUGUGGAGGGUUCACGACUUCACCAAGAAACACCAGGAUGCUGUCCAAGGACGGACAAUCAGUAUCUACUCGCCACCAUUCUAUACAACACGUCGAGGUUAUAAAAUGUGUGCCAGGCUUUACCCAAAUGGAGAUGGAAUGGGCAAGGGAUCGCAUCUUUCCUUGUUUUUCGUGGUUAUGAGAGGGAAUUAUGAUGCCCUGUUAAAAUGGCCAUUUAGUCAGCGUGUGACCUUCUGCAUUGUUAACCAAACCGGAGGCGAACAUGUGAUAGAUUCAUUCAGACCUGACCCUCAAAGCUCGUCAUUCAAGCGACCAACUUCUGAUAUGAACAUCGCAUCAGGGUGUCCCCUGUUUAUUCGCCUUGAGAUGCUGCAAAACCCAAAUCAUGGUUUUUUGAAAGAUGAUACAUUAUUCUUAAAGAUAGCAGUUGACACAAGUGGUCUUACAGAUCCUGUGUCGAAUUUGGAGGAAAGGAUUAAGGUCACAGCUUAGAAAUAUUUGCCUCUCUCAUUUUGGCAGGCUUUGACUAAGUCAAAGAUAGAGGAAUUGAGUGAAAGAAAGGACAAACAAAAAUAAAGACUAUUCAAAAUAUAUAAAAACAAGUUCAGUUACUGUGAUAUAAAGAAUAUCAUUGUUAAAAAAAACCAACAAAACAAACAAAAUGAUUCAUAAUAUUCAAACAAUACUUUAGAAUUGUUCCUAACAGAAUGAAAAGAAUAGAAUGUCCUGCAGCAUGACCAAAACAAAGUCCUGUCAAAAUUAUUUCAAAUCGUCACUUUAUGAAGAGAAGCAAAUAUUUCUAACCAAUAUCUAAGUUUGAACAACCUAGAUAAAACAAACUAUUUUGUUCAUUGACAUAUGAACGGACAUGAACAGACCAGAGAUCCAUUUGUGUACAGUUUAACAAAAAGUAAUUUGUAUAUCGAUAAAAAAUGUUGUUGAAAUGAUGCAGAUACAAAAGAUGUGAUGGCAAUACAAGGGAUAUGAACUGUUUGUUAGAAGACAUGAACUUGUCACAGAAAAACAGUGAUGAAGGUAAAACUACAGUUAAAAAACUAUAGCUUUUGAUGGAAUUUAUAUACAUGUAUAUGCCGUUAUAAUAUCACUAUACGGUAUAAAGGCACUUUACAAAUUUGAAUAUAAAGGAUUGCAUGUCAGCAUGUGAGGUCGAAGAAUUCUCUACUGCUAGUAACAUCAGUAAUAAAAAAGGUGAGUACUUACUUGUGAUGCAAACAAAAAUUAUGAAGUUGAUAUAUUUAAUAAUGGAAUAAAGAUUUUUUUAUUUUGGAAGGUUAUAUAACUAGUAAAUAGUUGUGAAUUAAUAGGCAAGUGAUCAUAUAAUCUGCCUGAAUUUUUCAUAACAAAAUACAUAAAACUGCACAUGUUUUUUUUU